AGGGAGCGUAUUGCUAGGGGAUAAUAGGAAAGAUAGCAAAAAAUUGACACAAGAAACAUAUCUGCAGUAGCCGAUGACACCGCACAAAAUGCGCGGCAAGCUCCAUGGACAUACAAGGCUCACGAAGAGUAGGUCAACGGUAUCAGCGACAACGACAGAAGCAACCACAAUAAAAAGAGAUGCGGAAAACUUUGCGGGAAAGGAAAGCACUAGGAACGUCUGAAUGUGUGUCAGUCGUUCCGUUGUAAUUCGCGUAUUGUUAGCUGACACGAGACAUGGAGUGAAGUAAUCAGACGUCCAGCUAUAUCGAAUCGUUGCUAAAGUUAAUAGACGCGACGCGGAGUUUGGAAAAUAGUUGGCAUACGCUCAAUAAUAGCAUCGUUUACGGUAACAGUAUCACAUUUUUCGUUAUGUUCGUUAAAGCGAAACUUGGUGAUGUUUCUGAGUGUGUGUGGGUGUUUCGAGUUCUAUCAAGCUAAAAUGGAACAGAGAAAGUUAACAAGGGAGCGGAAAGGACGAACGGAUUGAGCACCUGAAGAAAAGAACGUCCUGAACAAGCAGGUGGUGAUGGUGUCUGGUGACUGUCGACAUUAACUCUACAGACGGGUGGUGACAUUAGUCCAGUGGGUGUCAGUGAUCGUACCCUUGAGCGAGCGGCGGAUCUGAACAGAAAUCAGCGAUAGUAAACAAUUAGAGCACCAAUAAUCACAACGACAACAACAACAAUACAAGAAGAGUGCAAAGAAUAGAGCAGGAGACAAUACGAAGCAGUGAACAAACUAAGGACGGCAGCACGUCGGACGAAAUUGUCUGGUGUUGACGACAGAGAUGAGCGUAGUGCAGUCGCGGAGGAAGCAGGCCAAGCCGAGAUCUGUUAAAGUCGAGGAGGGCGUCUAUUCGGUGCCAUCAGCCGAGGACUCGUCCGAGAAGAUGGUGGUAUCCGUGUCUGCUGGGGAUCUCGUUCUGUUCGAAUCCGACCAAGAUGAGAAUAACUCAAAUGCGUCCCUUCGCGGCGCCUCGGUUUGUCUUCGCGGCCCCUCCGGUACCAUCGAGGCACCUAUUGGCCCCUUGUCCUCGAUUGGGGGUGCAGGUUGCCUCACGUCGGCGCCCUCCGUCAAAUGCGAUUCGUGCGGCCUGCUCUGUGACAACCUGGAUGACUUCAUCGAACAUCAGAACACCGAGUGCAGAAACGGACUGAACGGUGGAUCCGGAACCCCAUCGUCGUGGCGCUCUUCGGAUGGAGGAUGCACCACGCCGGAGGAGGCGUCCUCGCUAUCGCCACUGGCAUCAUCGUGCGAGACGCCCGAUGGUCAGGACCUGCCGGAUUUCGGCUACACAAUCGGCGUCACUGAGAACACGCCAUACGCCUGCCAGUUCUGCGAUAAGGCCUUUCCCCGUCUAAGCUACCUCAAACGGCACGAGCAGGUACUGCAUCCGCAGAUUUACAAGCAGGUGCACAGUGACAAAAUGCCGUUUCGCUGCGACUACUGCCAGCGGCUGUUUAAGCACAAGCGAAGCCGCGACCGCCAUGUCAAACUGCACACCGGCGACAAGAAGUACAAAUGCACACAGUGUGUUGCCGCUUUCUCAAGGAGCGACCAUCUGAAAAUCCACAUGAAGACCCACGAUCAAGGCAAACCCUACCAGUGCUCGAUGUGUAAUCGUGGCUACAAUACCGCCGCUGCACUCACCAGCCAUAUGCAGAACCACCGUAAGAGUGCGGCCGAAACCCAGGCGCGAGGAGAGCCCCAUGACCCUGCGAGGAUAUCAAGUCCUGUUUCCAUGUUGAAUCAACGACAAUCGGAUAGUCCGGAUCCGACAACGCCGAGCCCGCUGCUCAUGUCAACAAUGUCAGCCAUGCAAAGUUUAGCUACGCGUAAAGAGCGCUUGUCGCGUAGUCCAUCGUCUGAUAAUCGUGGGCCCGUGCUCAGUUCCCCGUUGAUUCCACCGUUCACCUCCUCACCGACGCCGCCGGUUUGCUCGAUCUGCAGCCGGUCCGAUUUCGGCACAAUUGAAAACCUUCAACUGCAUAUCCAAGCGAUGCAUAUGCCCCCUCCACACUUCCCAACGAUGAUGCCCUCGGCGAUUUCGUCGCUUGUCGGUAAAAAUUUCAACUUUAGUCUGGCACGACUUGCCGCCCAGAGGUUGUCUCCGCCAGAAAGUUCCGCUGCAGAAAGUUAUAACUGUGACUACUGUCCCUUGAAGCUUCCGACGAUGCACGCGUUGCAUGCGCAUGCGAUAGCGGCACAUUCGUAUAACGAGAUCCUGGCGAAAAUUAUCGAAGCCCGCGCCGCGAUGGCCAGCAUUGAUCCUGUUAGUUGUCCGCAGUGUCGCGUCGAUUUUCCUAAUCGGCUCGCGUUAACCGAGCAUAUGCGUUUAGCACACACCGACUUAGGGACUGGUGGGCCUGGUCCAUUUAUCUGCUCGCAGUGCAGCCAGGCUAGUCCCGACUUCGAGUCGUUCCGUACCCACCUUGCAUCGCAUCUUGAGGGCAUUAACAAGGUGUCACGGGUCUGCCCCGAGUGCCAGGCGGAAUUCGGUUCGUCGCAACAGCUGGAAACGCACGUGGCUUCGCAUUUCCUGCAGCAGACUGUCGAGUACAGCUGUCAGCCGUGCAAUAGAGCGUUUAGUAGCAAUGAAGAGCUGCAGAAGCACCUUAUGGAAUCGCACUCCCAAAAGUUAUACCGAUGCGCUCUCUGCCGUGACGUAUUCGACACAAAAGCCGAAGCUCAGCAGCAUUUUAUCGAAAAGCACUCCGAGGAGGCUCGAGUCUUCCGUUGUUCAAGCUGCAAGAGCAAUUACCGCUCAGAGCCGGAGUUCUCGCUCCACGUUCAAGUCACUCACUUGGCCAAAGCCUCACCCUAUCGCUGUCUUCUCUGCAAGGAGACGUUUCCAAGUGAGCCUCUACUACAGAGGCAUGUCGAAACUCAUGGUCGCCAGUUCCCUUGCUCCAUGUGCGACCAAGCUUUCCACGUCGAGUUUUUACUUGAGAAACAUAUGCAGAGCGCGCAUUCCACACCCGAAGUGCACAAUCUCUCGUUGACCAUCAAGCCGACAAAAUCCGCUCCGACAACCACGAACGGUGUCAGCCUUCUGUGUGCUUAUUGUAAUGAGAGCUGUAAGUCUCGCAGCGAGCUGGAAGCUCAUAUGAAGCUACACCCACAUGGCUCGACCGGCGGGAAGCACAAAUGUAACAUCUGCGACGAGAUUUUCUCAAAUGUGUCCGCCCUCGCUGAACAUAAGCUGACCCAUUGCAAGGUGACCGUCGGCUCCACCUGCGCCAUCUGCCGAGAGGUCCUUAAAACAGAAAAAGAAUUUGCAGAACACGUAUCAAACCACGGAGGCUCGGGAACGGGACUCCCGCUUCCAUGCGUUAUCUGUAGACAAACGCUGAUGUCCGAGGUAGAAUUGCAAAUUCACGCGAAAUUUCACAUCGGUUCCUCGUCAGCCACCUCUGCCGAAGCUACGAAGAUAUGUGAAAUGUGUCAUACACAGAAUGAUAACUUGGCUCGAGCUCCCAAUGGCAAGAUAAGUUGUCAGGAAUGUUUCGAACAAGGUGUCAAACAAGCAAAGGUUGAAAAGUGCCCCGACUGUGGCGUCAAGUUCGAAAGUCGGACAGAGUUAGACAGACAUGAGUGUAGACGAUCCGAGCAACCUGCUGCUAAGAAAUCAAAGCAGGUAGACACUCCCAUUUCCAAGGUGAAGUCUCAGAAUCUCGAAUGUUCGAAAUGCCACGUCGUACUCGAUAGCGCAUCCGAACUGGCGGCACAUUUCGAAACUCAUCGAGAAACUGCCGCGUCCGUCGCAUCAACGCCCGCCUUUGAAUGCAUGCUCUGUCACGCCGGCCUCGACACGGCGGCCAAUUUACAGGUGCAUCUGAUCGAGCACAACUUUCAAGGCUGUCACGGUUUCACGUGCUACUUCUGCAGCUCGAUCUUCACCACGGCUCGCUCCCUAAGUAACCACCUGCCAAUGCAACAUGCAGUUGAGAAUAAACCGUUCGAUUGCACCCGCUGUGAUCAAACAUUCUACUUCCGUGCCGAGCUCGAAAAUCACGAGCUUACAGAGCAUCAUGAAAGCUCUUCGACAUCGGUGUCCGAGGAGCGUUCAGCGCUUGAACCGGAAGUCCAAAUGACAGAGGAUGCGGAUGAAGAGGAGCUGGUCGUCGCCUAAGCAAAAACGGAGCAAUAAGAACAUUUUCUCGCCACAACUACCGAAACGAGUACUCCACAAAUGGUCACAAACUCUGCAUUAGGUGCAUGUACCUUUAAAUCAUACGAGGCACCUCUCGAUAGAUUAGAACAAGCUCAUUUUAACUGAGGGCUCAUGCAGCACUUCAUCAAAACGCUUACUCGACAUGUCAUUGGCUCGAAACAAAAAGACACGACAGACGUAUCCUAUAGAAGGCGAGUAAUUUAGAUAUGCAAUACGCAAACACCGCCUUCGACAUAUCGACAGAGAGUAGUCAAUAUUAGGAUAUAUGCAUCGUAAUGCAUCGUUAAUGGAGGACAUUCAAAUGAAUGGGCAAGGUGUUCACUAAUGCUCACGAUGAUCAAAAAAAAAAAGAAUUCUCCAAAUACGAGCACAGACACACACACCGAGAACCAUUAAAAUGUACAUAUACGAGUGUAGACAGAAAUCGAAACCCGGACGCCGUCUGGACGGCUGAUGAUGUCCUAUUCAUUAGAUAUAGGGAUAUGCAUACGUUUUCUUUUUCUCAGAUCUUUAAGUUAGAUAUGUAUGAGCACACGAUCACACGAAAGUUUGAUCAGGCACGUUGCUAGAAAGGAGGCAAACAAAAGCAGGGUUUAGCUAUAAUACAAUAGCGCAAGGGUAGCCCCUAGUAGCAACAGCAUCGACAGCAACAGUACUAAUUAUAUUAUUAUAUGCAUAAAAUCGUGCGCUGCUGUACAGUCGCGCGGCAGACAGUCGGUGGGCCUCGCGUUGACAGCAGAUGCUUUGGCAAAAAACGAAAUAUCACCUCUAAUAACGACACAGUAUCAGCCAUAACGGCUGAAAGAAGCAGGACUAAUUGGCCCUAAUUGGACCAAUUCGUAUGUACAAUAGGAAAGGUCGCGGCACGAGGGCGUCGAUGCAAAGCUAGGACCGCAAACAUCUGAGCGUAGAUAUACAGGCGUUCGUCGAGCCCAACCAUCGCUCGUCACCAAACAGGGAACAGUAAAUGCGUGGAUCAUAUACUAUAGACAAUACAGUUCCAUUGAUGAUUGACAAAUGCAAAGUAAACAGCGCACUGUAAAGUAUAAUGCACGCACUGCGUGCAUGCACUUCCUGCACGCCGUUAAUAGAGUAGAAUAUUAUAUAUACUGUUGACUCCGUCGGGUCAAAAACGAAGUCCCCGUUAAAUCAUUCCUGGUGCAUGUAACUAAUAACUUAUUAAUAAAUACAAUAGAUAUUAUUAGUGGUAUUAUUAUAAAAAGAGAUAAGUGGAACCACUCUUACUGUGUGUGAGGUUUAUCGUGAUGAGUGGCUAAAGCCAGAGACAGACACGGGUGUAAUGUCGUAGAUAGAAAUUAAAGAAAUCUAAAAAAUUAUA